AUGGCUAUCGGUUGUUUCUUGCUGAGUGGGCUGCUGCCUGCCGCAGUGCGAGAAGGUCCAGCAGACGGUGUGGUGUGCAGGUGGAAGGCGGUGUGCUACCACUACGUGCGCCGCAAGCGGCAGGUGACGCGCUACCGGCACGGCGACGCCUUCACGUCGACGCAGGUCUACUACGAGCGCGUCAACUCUCACGCGGCGGGCGCCUGCUUCUCCUACAGCUACUGCGGCGUCCGCGACAUCUCGCGGGAGCUCAAGCUGGACGCCGACUGCCCGCUCACCAAGAUACGCUUCAGCAAGGGCUUCGCGUUCGCCAAUGUGGAGGCGGCGGCCGAGUUCGAGGAGCAGCGGGCGCGCUUCUUCGGCGAGUACGAGCGCGUCGACGACUACCUGGAGAUGCGGGAGGGGCUCGACGUGGCGCACUUCCGCGACGAGCAGCUGACGGUGGCGCCCGGCGUCGGCGCCUCCCUCUACAGCCCCACCGUCUUCUGGGUGUGCUCGCUGCUGCUGCUGUCCUGGCCGCUGCGCCUGCUGCUGCAGUGCCGCACUGCCUACCUCCACUACCAG